AUGUACCAGUGUCCGGACUGCCCGAGGUCCUACUGCAACAAGAAAGGUUUGUCUCAACACCGCAGGUUCGAGUGUGGCAGAGAGAGAGAACAAUGUUGUCACUUCUGUGACUACAGAGCCUUCCGCCCUCCUCAACUGUACCGACACCUGCGUCUGCGGCACAACGUCGAACCUUUACUGGACAAGGACACAGCCUUCCGCCCUCCUCAACUGUACCGACACCUGCGUCUGCGGCACAACGUCGAACCUUUACUGGACAAGGACACGGGCGUACCCAAGGGAGAAAUGGAGACCAUCUAUCAUCAUAUAUUUCAAAAUUUGGGACAUUUGUCCCCCUUAUCCAAGUGUUUUGGAUACGCCCCUGGAACCCUACCACCACCACCCUGUCUCUGGCCGUUUGACCGACUUGUGUGCGUUGCAGAACUCCACCGCUGCCCCCAGUGCGGCCGGACCUACCGGACCCUGCAAGGCUGGCAACAGCACAUCCGGCUCGAGUGUGGUAAAGUUCCCGGGAAGUGCUGUCAACUUUGCGACUACAAAACCUACUACACCAGCCACCUGAAGCGGCACAUCGUCAACCGCCACCGCGAUUUGGCUUCCGUCGUGGUCGACGACUUGUCCAACGUUUGA